AUGAGGAGGUCCUUGGAUGAGAAUGGCACAUGCCACUGUGUGUUUUAUACGACCAUAAAUUCCACCUCUUUGCAGCAUCUGGAGGAGCUCAUGAACAAGUAUGAGAAGGUGCUCUCCAGGGUCAGUGAAUUUGCACAGCUCUUUGAAGGUCAAGAUAACCAAGUCUCGAAAAUGGUUUAUAAAAUGCAAUCCAGUGCCUUUUCUUCUUACAAAGCCCCCACCUUCAGUCAGCUGCGCUUGGAGCUGGAGGAAGCACAGACAUUGGUAGAGGAGCUUAAGAUGAUUGAAGAAAUGAAAGAUUCUCAAGGCCUCUUCAACCAACUCCAGGGACAGGUGGCAAAUGCAAGUUUCACUCUCAGACUUCUAAGUGACUCUGACCAGCGCAGUUUCAUGGCUCUGCGCCAAGAAGUGGAUACCCUCGAGGGUGAACUAAAGGAGUGUUCCUGUGCUCAUAGAGGCCUCUAUAAAGUCAGCAUGCCCCUUGUGGUAAAAUCUAAUUGGAGAGGUGUUUCGUACAAGGCAGGUGCCUGGGGCCGAGACUGGGAUCCCAAUGCAAAUACAACCCUCUACUGGGUGGCCCCACUGCGUGCAGAUCUCAGGUACUUUGACUACUACAGGCUGUACAACUCCUAUGAAGACCUGCUGCUGUCUAAGAACUACAAGGAGCUGUAUAUGGGCUAUGGUGAUGGUAGUGGCAAUGCUGUGUACAAAAAUUUCAUGUACUUUAACUACUAUGGCACAAAUGACAUGGCCAAGUUGGACCUUUCCUCCAACACUGUGGUACUGCAACGCUCACUGGCUGGUGCCACUUACAACAAUCGUUUCUCCUAUGCUGGUGUGCCCUGGAAGGACAUAGAUUUUGCUAGUGAUGAAAAAGGACUGUGGGUGCUCUAUGCCACUGAAGGAACUAAAGGCAACCUGAUUGUGAGUCGUCUCAAUGAGAAUACCCUAGAAGUGGAGAAAACCUGGUAUUCUAGUCUCUACAAGCCAGCGAUGUCAGGGGCUUUCAUGGCCUGUGGAGUGCUUUACGCCUUACGCCCAUUGAGUACUCGCCAGGAGGAGAUCUUCUACGCUUUUGAUACCAACACUGGGCAGGAGUAUUACAUAAGCAUCACCCUGGACAAAAUGCUGGAUACGCUACAGGGGAUCAAUUACAGCCCCUUUGACCACAAGCUCUAUAUCUUCAAUGAUGCAUACCUGGUCACUUAUGAUCUCACCUUUCUGACACGGAAGCAGGCAAAGCCUUUUGGGGUCUAUGCCCUAUCCAAACCUAUCAAUUAA